UCGGUUAUAUCAUUACACAGUCGUGUUUUUACAUGUGGAGCUUCAAAACCGAAUAUUCAAUACACAAAACUGUCCGGGUAUUUGAAUUGUCGACCUACUUUGAUAUAUAAUCCCCUUGGAGAGUGCUUUAUAAACAUCUCUACCCGAUUAGACACUCUUUUGUACCUAAAACUAAAGAAAAGAGAUUUAAAGCGCAGACUGGAAGGACACCUUAAAACGAAGCCACCGAAAAGAAAAAAAAAACCUUGGUACAUGAGAGUGCAUUUGUGUUAUCUAUUAGGGGAACUUUAAAUGUUCAGAAAGCAGAAGGGUAUUUCCUACAGUGACAAAACUUUGACAGCAGGAGGAUAAAGAGUCCACUGUGUUAAAAACUCUUCAAUCUUCGCCAUAAGGAAUAAAUUUAUUAUGUAACUUCCUCGUUCUGUGUACAAAAAAGUAUUCCGUGAUUCUCAAGUUGCCCUCUUGAAAGAUCUCAAGAUAAACCAUAGAUGAGGCUUUAUACAGUUUUAGGUGUGUCAUUUUAAAACUAUGGAGUAUGUGGUUUGCCGUACUUCAUCAAGGGAUUUUGUCGUCCCUGGCCUUCGCUCAUUGACUUUGGCAACAUGACCAGUCACGCAUCACGUUGUUCGAAAAUAUAUUCCAGUAGAUAAGGAAAAUGGAAAUGAACGCUUCAACUCUUAAUUUUUCAAUAAUAUUGAAAAAUUCUUCCCAUCUGGAUCCAUAUUUACUUUUAAAGGAAUUAAAUGACAAAGCAGCUUUGCGUUAUUUACCAGUGAUAAUUUUUCUGUUUGUUUUAAUGAUCUGUGGGAUAAUUGGCAAUAUUCUUGUGUGUAUUGUUUAUCUGAAAAAGAAAACAAAACUGUCUCCGGAUUAUUUUAUUCUCACUCUAGCUUUCUUGGAUCUUUUAACAUGUAUUAUUGGAAUUCCAGUGGAAAUAGCGGAUUUACGUUAUCCAUACAUGUUCUAUGCCCCCGCAGCAUGUAAACUCUUACGCACCAUAGAAUCUCUGUCCGCAAUGGGGUCAGCUUUGACUCUAGUGGCAAUAUCCAUAGACAGAUUUAAACGUAUCUGUAGACUGGGACAGCACUUCAAUAACUCUACCGUAAAGAAAUUAUGUGUAGGUGCAAUAGUGAUGGGCGCGGUCAUAGGAUGGCCCGCCGCUGUCGUGUUCGGGAGGAAAACCGUGGAUGUCGGACUUCCCGACAUAAAGGGGGAGGACUGCUCCACCGCGGACGAAAUGAGGGACACCAUUUACCCCCUGCUCUACUACAGUACAAUAAUGUUAUGUUUUGUCGUCUCUGUCAUAUUUGUGAUUUUUGUUUAUGUCAGAAUCUCAAUUUUUAUCCGAAAAGGAAUUUCCUUACGAAAAAACAGAGCUAGCGAAGCUGUAUCGACUUACUCCAUGCAUGUCCAGUUUAUACAUGACGAGAACACGAGUGGAUCUUCCCCUAGUCAAGCUCAUCCCAUGUUAGAUGCCACGCCCAAAAAUCGCAAACGACAAGUGAACAGUUUGAGAGUCACAAGGACGACCACCAUCUUUGUUGCUGUGACGGUUGCAUUUAUUUUGAGUUAUCUCCCGUUUCUCGUUAUUAUGAUCAUUCGCAAUGUGAAGAAGGAUUUAGAAGAUACUAUUUCUGAUGAUGCAGAAGUCGUAUACAAGUUCUUUCUGAAGUCUUAUUUCGUUAAUAAUGCAAUCAAUCCUCUGAUUUAUAGUUUUCUAAACAAGAGAUUUCGAACAGAUGUCAAAAAACUAUUUAGCUGUAACAGGUGACUAUAAUUAAUAAAUUUU